CGCAAAUGGUCAAUUAAAAGGCCUGAAAUGCGCCUUAAAAACCAUCAUUCAAAAGGCUGAACUGUGCCUUUAAUUUGUAUAAAAAUAUCUUUCCACAGUGUGAACACAUGGGAAUCUUAUAAAAAACACAAACAAAGACGAAAUACAAGAGAAACGGGCGACAACAACAGUGAGGCGUUUGCAAUGCUCGUCAGUAACGCUAUCAACGUGGCGGCCAUUCCGGAUGAGGCACAGGAAGCUCAAGCGAGUGAUAAACCUGACAUCAAGGAAACUAUUGAAGAAGUCGAGGAAAAGUCAAGAACAAAUAGGUGGGUUGGAAUAAAAUAUCGUACAUAUUGUUAAAAUACAACAGCACAGAGUAUAUAUUAUAUUAUAUUAUAUUAUAUUAUAUUAUAUUAUAAUAUAGCUCUAUACUGUGAUAAUACGCUUGCAGGGGCUAUAGUAUUAGGGUCUGCAAAAUGCUAUUUCAUGCAUUUUAGACACAUUGUAUGAUAAUCUGAAAGCCACAUAUUUGGUAGAUGAAAACAUGAAGUUACUCCCCAGUUUCUCCUCAGAUUUGGAAUAAUGACUGAAUUGGUCCUAAUGCAUUUUCAGCACAUUUUCAGAUAUCUCAAUAACACUAAAAUAAACUCCUUCAUUCACUCAGUAUAUCCACCCACUAAAUUAUGUCCAAAGUCCCACUUAAAUGAGAAUCAGAGUUGAUGACAGUUGCAACUCUCGUUGUGAGAAAACUCUCACGCAAACUCUUGCUUCUCAACUCUCACACAAACUCUCAUGCAAACUCUCGCUUCUCAACUCUCAUGCAAACUCUCGCUUCUCAACUCUCAUCAACUCUCAUGCGAACUCUCACUUCUCAACUCUCAUCAACUCUCUCAACUCUCAUCAUCGUUUGACCAGGGCUUAAAUUAGUUCCGUUCUUUCAAAUACCCAACACAAACAUACGGUUUGACGACUGACUCGUGAACAACACACAUCCUACCGUAGGCCAUCAUAGAACAGCUCACACAACUUUGCGUUUAUUCAUUCCCCAGUAUUUUGAUCAAUCGGGAUUCGGAUCAUAUCCGUAACAGCCGUGGUUCCAAAGUCCUCUCGUGGAGCGAUAUCUCGACGACCAAACCUGUGGAGGAAGACGAGAAUUCAAAGAAAAGAACAAAAAGUGAAACGGAAUUGAAAUCUUUACCAAGAGGAAGUGGAGGGUAAGACGACGUCAAACUUUGGCUGAAGUAAUCUCAAAUUCAUAAAUAAUCAAUGAGCGGUAAACAACGGAAGGCAAUUAGAUAUACGACCUUAAUUUGCACAGAAUUUCGUUAACUUUUCAUCUUAAAUUUCUCUUAAAAUACUGAAUGUUUUGUGAAUCUGAGAGGUCAUAUCAAUUCCGACUAUUCCGCUACCAGAUAUCCAGACCUUGCUGAUAGUUUAUCUAGAUGCGGCCGCCUUAUGGGUAGACAGUAUGGCCAUGCACGCUGUACUUGAAGGCAAUUCAUUCCCUUGCUAAAUGACUUCAAAUAUCAUCAUAUGACCAUGUACUUGGCUACAAUGAGGCAAAUAGUGUCCCUUACUUUGCCAAGAAAUAACAACAAAGUGUUUAAGUUUCUCUUCUUAUUUUUCAGGUCAAGUCAUAUUCCCGCAAUUGUCGUAAGUCAACCAAGUAUAGAAACUGAAGAUGAUGAAUCCGAAGCUAAUGAUACAGAUAGGUAUAACAUUUAUCGGAUACGAUUUUAAACAAUAACUAAUAAGUCAAAAACUCUCAAGAGAAACUGCAGUUGUUCAAAGGUGGGUUAGCGCUAACCCUGGGUUAAAAUUUAACCUGCUGUUUUAGUUUAUGUAUUUCUGCACUUCUGUUUAGAAGAAACUUCAGAGAAAUAAACUCCUAUCCAUCCAGACAAGAUUUCUAAAGAAACAUUCCCAACUCUAUAAACAAGCUGCCAGGAAGUUCGCUUUGAAUUUUAGGUUAACCUAUAGGGUUAGGCCGAUCGGCUUUCGAACAACCAGCCCUUGAAUAAUAGACUGUAGUGUUUAUUGCACCGUUACCCUAAUGCAUGGCCUCGUUUUCGUGUAGUUACUUUUUCCUGUUUCGUGCACAAUUGUUUAAAGAUAGGCUGGUGAUUGGGAUCAAGGAGAAACAUAUUCGUAAACUUCAUGUCAAAAAUUACGGUUGCCAUAGAAGAUUUUAAUUCCACACAAAACAAUAGACACUCGUAAAUGGUUAACAUUUUCAUUCUCUACGUUUCGACUAUUACUUUGUUGUCGUCUUCAGAAUGCCACGUUUAAAAGCAAACUACUUAUAAGAUCGCAAGCAGUGCAAGUAACUCUCAAGCAAGGGAGCUUAUAAGUUAUAAAUACUGAUUGGAUUUUAGAAAACGUGGUAUUCUCCUGAAGAUGACUCCUUUCAUGUGCCGCAUAAGUAGUUGCUGGUGCAUUAUUUUACAGGACCAUGGCUAGGGUAGAUUCUAGGGUUCAAGGUUGAUAUCUUAUAACAUUUUUCAAUGUUUUGUCAUAGAUUAAUUAAAGAUGACAAUGACAGUCCUAAGAAACCAAGUGAAGAGCCAAAUCAAGAUAAGAAUGCCACAACAUACAGCUGGUAGAUAGAUAAAUGACAAGAAAUUUAUGUAAAUUAAACGAAAGUGCCAAAACCAACAAAUUUUUCUGUUUUUAUUAUUUAGUUCAGAACAUGUUAAAGAUAUUUUGAGAGAAAGUUAUGGCGACGAAGUGGAAGAAUGGUUUCAAAAACCGAAGAAAACGUCUUCACAAGGUAAAUCCCAUCUAAGCCCAGUUUCAAUUUGGUUUCUCCUGUCGCGAAUAAAUCAUGGUCUCGAUCUAUCUUGUCUUUACACCAAUGCCUUUGAGCGACCGUGCAAAUGCCAUUUAGCUCUAUAUAUGUCUGGAGUAAGAACCUCAGCCAUUCGGCCGAUGAGAAAAGUGAUUGAUAAAUAGAUAGAAGAAAAACUUUAUUUAGGCACGCUAACCACUCCAACAAAUGCUGAUAGUACAACAUUUGGUAAAAAAAGGUUAACUAUUUACAGAGUGUCAAAUUAAUGUGCAAUUUACAGUACAGUGAAGCCAAGACGGCGGGGAUUGACGUCCAAAAUCUAUGUCUAUGACUGAUCGUAAGCAGUUUUUAUGUACUAUUUAAUAAACGAGCAGGAGUGUUUUAUUAGGUUUAAAGUCACGAGCGCGCAGCGCGAGUGGCUUUAGACCUAAUAAAACACGACCUGCGAGUUCAUUAAACGGCUUCAAACACGACUACAAAUUUACUGCCUUAUUAGUAUUCUUUAUAUAAAAAAUACUAAUGAGGACACGACCACAAUAGAUACUGCCUUAUUAGUAUUCUUUAUAUAAAGAAUACUAAUUAGAAGUGUUUUAUCAGGUUUAAAGCCACUGCACGUGACAUAUUAUGGUUGACAUGAUUUGCCAAUAAGCUUAUGAAUUAUUAAUGAGUGUUUGAAACAUUGUUAGCAGUUCAUAAAACUGAUAACUCAUAAAACUCCUUGCAACCUUGUGUUAGCCGCGCAGACAAAGCAAGAAAAAGGGACUGGACGUCAAUUUCCGCCAUCUUUGGCUUAACUUUUUGGACGCGAGUUCUCGCUCCAGUUAAAUAUGGAGCUCACAAAACCCGGUUUAACUUGUUAAAACUCGUUUAAGUGAAGCUCGCCCCAGUUCCCCACUCUAAACUAACAGUACUCAUUUCUCCUUCCGUUCAGACAAUCUAGAACAAGCACCAGAUUCCAACGUCAAGUACCAAGCCAUCAAGACUGACGAAGAUGAAGAUAUAGACUGAAUACUUGUGCGCAAAUCAUAAUGUUGGCGCAAAACACUAAUUUAUAGACCGAUGCUUAACGCGCAGAUCGCGCAGUUGGCGCUAUAGAUUAUAUAUGUAUAAUCGCAAAGAAAUGCCCAGUUUUGAAUAUUAUUUGAGAAUGCUCGCAAUAGAAUCCUCAAUAUUUUGAGCAGCAAUACGGCAACAUUUAAUCGCAUAAAAUAUACCGUGGAUUAAACCAAGGUCCGGUUGUAUCAAGCCCGUUUAGCUUAAACGGUAGUUAAGCUCAAAAUAGAAAACAAGUCUAUACACUCAUUCAACAACCAAACUAAAAGUUUUGAGCCUUAAUAGAACGAUAAUGUUUACAACUACAUAUUCAGUGCACAAUAUUUAAGUUGACUGAUUCACGAGAGAUAUAAGAGUGUUAUUUAAUUUUGACUUAUCCACCGUUUAAGCUAAACCAGCUUGAUAUAACUGGUCCCAAAUGAGGAGAAAAAUUUGGCUCAAAAUAACUCCACCGUCGAUAAACUCCCUGAAAUUAAGAGUGAAUUUAGUAGUUUAGGCGUAUUUGAACAUUUUGUCAGCCUGAAUGAAGUAUUUCUUAAAAUAAUUAAAAAUCCCAUACCACUUGUUGUCCACAUUUUAUGUGUCAAGAUAUGGAGGCCAAUCUACAUCCACGGACUAGAAAUAUAAAAUAUUUAAAUCAUGAUACUGUACCGAACUCUAUCCUCAAAAUUCAAGAGCCGCGCUGUUUGUGAGUUAGG